AUCGCUGAGGGUCUGGCUGCCUCCAACACUACCUGAAAACUCUACUUCUCCUUUUAUCUUCACUCUUCGAGUGCCGUCAAUCUUACUGAAUAGUGAACACUGUUCUAUAUCUUCUGUUGAGGAUGGCCCCAGUUAGCGGCCUCCUCACUCGUCUAAAAGCUCUGUACUCAAAACAAGACGAUGAGCCGGCUAUUUCGGUCCAGGCAGCCGCUGGCAUUUCGGUCUGUUUGACCCUGAUUUACGUGCUCCCGUUCUAUGUCUCGCCGUCUAUGCGGCCGUCCGCUACUCUGAGUCGCGAUGCUCCAUCUGUGAUCAGAGCUAGGAUUCGGGCUGUAACGCUGUCAUGUCUCAUCUGCAGCGUGGCUGUACUCUGGGUAAUUGUUGCCAAAGACGACUCGUCCUUCACCCAUGCCCUCAAGCUCAUGGGAUGGUGGCCCAUUAGCUUUACGGACAUCUUCCGUAGCUUGCUCUUGACUGCCAUUCUAUUUACUGGGCCUCUUUUCGAGCGUGGAGUUGCCGAGGGCGAAUGGAGGGAAUGGUUUAAGAGAGAUCGAAUCUCUGAAACGUUAGGUGGUUGGAUUGGGUGGCGAAACUAUAUCGCGGUAAGACUGUCGCUAGUCCAACUAGCACAUUUGAUUGACGGUGCGAUUCAGGGUCCCAUCACAGAGGAGGUCAUGUUCAGAUCGGCAAUAAUACCUCUCCACCUACUCGCCAGAAUCAGUCCAGGACAUAUUGUUUGGGUGGCCCCCUUGUACUUCGGAGUCGCUCAUGUGCAUCAUUUCUAUGAGUUCCGAUUGACGCAUCCGGAUACUUCGGUUAUCGCAGCCGUGCUUCGCUCCGUUUUUCAGUUCGCGUAUACAACAGUUUUUGGCUGGUACGCCACUUUUGUCUAUCUGCGAACGGGAUCUCUCUUCGCCGUCAUCCUGAUUCACAUGUUCUGCAACUGGUGUGGACUUCCUCGCCUGUGGGGAAGGGUCGAGGCUGCAGUUCCAAUAAGGCCUACUUUCAAUAGAGGAAAAGAGGAUUCUGACAAAAGCCUAGAAUACUCUUAUGGCCACCUUGGUAUCGGGUGGACCGUCGCGUAUUAUGCGCUCCUCGUUGGAGGGGCUACUAGUUUUGGAUACUCGUUAUGGUCGUUGACAGAGUCUCUGCAUGCUUUGGCAGAGUUUACAAGUUCCUGAUGAAUAGCAAACAAAUGUUUUCCUUGGGUAGCUAGCUUUGACUUCUGGCACCCACGGGUUUCACCGUCUAACAGGGCAUUCCAUGACGGGCCGCCAAUCUUGAUAUAAAGACUAUUCCUAGAUAAUAUGCCCGUAGACGUAGGAUUAAUAUAUCCACGUUCAUUCGUUGGAGUGCUUUCUCCGCACAAAUUUGGAGCUUAUCGCUCCCUUAUCUCCGACUCGGCCUCGGCGUUUCCGGAGAACAACUUUUCUUACAUCAUCUCUCAAUAGGCGAUUUGAGAUUUCUCACCUGUGAGUCGCAGUUAGACAAAAUA